UUUUUUGAAGAAAAAAAUUCAAACCCCAGGUCCUGAGCGUAUCCCUAUUUUUGAACCGGCAUAAGCCAGACGCCUUGUUGUCGGAGGACCCCUUACAGUUCCAAUAUGGCGGCAACCAUACGGAUGUGUUAUGCCCUCCGCAUCACAAUUGGAGGUGCAGUACCACUCCGUGCCACAGGUGGAGCAGUUCACAUAUCUCAGUUGGCAAAUCGUGCCUCAGCUGCUUCUCUCCAAAGAAAUCCUGCAACACUUCCACUGUUUCCUACAACAGCAUGGCAGCAAACCAGACACAGCAGCUUCUUCAAUAAGUUGACGGCCGAUCAGUUGUGGAAAGGUGUGUUGGCAGAGACGGGCCCUGGAGUCAGGAAGGGCAGAGGAAAGAGAAUGAAACGCAAACUUAGGAGGGAUCUGAACCGAGGACAGAAGAUCGGAGAAGGUCGCGGUGGUUUUCUGUGGCCUGGUCUUAACUCUCCUUUGAGGAAAGAUGGAGCUCUGCUGAACAUUGGUCAAAGAAGUGAGACUGAGCAGCAGGAGGUGCAGGCUGAACUAGUGCGUCAGAGGGACGAGUGGGAGAGGAGGAGGAAGAUAAAGACGAAGAGGGAAAGAGGAUGGACGGGGAGCUCGUGGGGAGGUGUGAGACUCGGCCCCCCUGACCCUGGACCCAACGGAGAAACCUAUGAGGACUUUGAUUCUCGUGUCAUUGAGGUGAAGAGUGUGUCCCACAUGACAGCCAAGGAAGGCAGGUCGAGGACCAUCAGCUGCCUUGUCGCCGUGGGAAACGGCAAAGGAACCGCAGGCUUUGCACUGGGAAAAGCAGCUGACAGAAACAUAGCUCUGAGGAAGGCCAAGAACAGAGCCAUCCAGUACUUGUUCUACGUAGAACGAUACAACGACCACACCAUUUUUCAUGACAUUGAGUCCAAGUUCAAGAGAACAACGCUCCACAUGAAGAAACAAACCGAAGGUUAUGGUCUGCGCUGCCAUCGCGCUGUCAUCACUCUGUGCAGGCUCAUCGGCAUAAAGGACAUGUACUGCAAAGUGGAAGGAUCCAUCAAUAUGCUCAACAUCACCAGGGCCUUCUUCAAAGGAUUAGCCAAUCAGGAAACUCACCAGAUGCUGGCCGACAAAAAGCAGCUCCACGUUGUCGAGUUUCGGUCGCAGCAAGGUCCUCUGCCUACAGUGGUGGCGAGUCCUAAAGAUGGGGCGCGAACUGACCCGGAGCCCGAAGACGAGAUCCCCAACACCCGUCUAAACUGGCGUGAAGUACGUUCUGCCCAGGGACUGAAACGCUCAGCCUGGGCAGACGUCAAACGCACCGUCUGGUAGUGUGGGAACUGUUAGAUGACUGGACUGAAAGAGGCCGGGAGUGCUCAGACUUCUGGCUUUGAUAAGAGAAGCUGAUAAUAUAUGCGAACAAUAUCAUUUGUUUCUCAAACAGAAUAUUACUUUUUGUUAAUAAGGUCCACAUCAGUGCAUUGUGAUUGUUUUUUUUCUUUUUCAGCUGAGGACAUUUGAAAAGAAACCUCCAGAUAUACCCACUAAAGGACGCAAAAUUGAAAUGUUUAAGUCAUAACUUUAGAAAAACAAAAACUAUUGUUUGUCCAUCCACAUGGAAAAGUUUCAAAACUCACAGUAUGUAGUCGUGAAAUAAAGUACAGAUCUGUAAAAACAUUCCGUCACUGAACGUGUGUUGCAUCUAGAAACUAAUAAACUUUAUUUCAGUUACACCAAA